AUGGAAUUGGGAUGGGAGAACUCUUACUCGGAAGGCUACAAUUUCAAUCAAGGUUAUGAAGAGGAAGCCACUGUUUUAACAGGUGAAAAUAAACCCCGUAUUCUGCUCAUGGGGUUGCGCAGAAGUGGCAAGUCAAGUAUUCAACGAGUGGUUUUCCAUAAAAUGUCACCACAUGAAACUUUAUUCUUGGAAGGCACGAAUAGUCUCGACAUUAAGUACAUUGCGAACAAUUCGUUUGUACAAUUUCAAAUCUGGGAUUUUCCUGGAGAUUAUGAUUUUAAAGAGGACCUGGUUUACGGUGGACAACUCGUGAACGAAGAGAUGAUCUUUAGUAAUUGCGGGUCUAUUGUGUUUGUCAUUGAUGCACAAGAUGAACCGUAUGCAGAGGCUCUGGCACGACUGCACGACACUGUCACACGCGCGCAUAGGUACAACCCGGACAUUUUGUUUGAAGUUUUCAUCCAUAAGGUGGACGGUGAUCUCUUUUUGUCGGAUGACCACAAGAUCGACUGCCAACGUGAAAUUCAGCAGCAGAUUAUGGAUGAGAUCAAUGACGGAGAGCUCGACAUCCACAUGAGUUUUUACCUGACAAGCAUCUACGACCACUCCAUUUUUGAGGCAUUUAGCAAGGUCGUGCAAAAGUUGAUUCCGCAGCUGCCAACGCUUGAGAAUCUUCUUAAUAUCCUCAUCACGAGUUGCAACAUGGAGAAGUCGUUCUUGUUUGAUGUUGUAAGCAAGGUUUACAUCGCGACGGACAGCAACCCCGUGGACAUGCAGUCGUACGAACUAUGCAGCGAUAUGAUUGAUGUCGUCAUCGACGUCUCCUGUAUUUAUGGAAUGAAGGACGACGGCGAGGGUGAUGGCCUUGCAUACGACUCCAAGUCAUCUUCGGUGAUCAAGCUUAACAAUGGAAUGGUUCUUUACCUCCGUGAAGUGAACAAUUAUUUGGCCCUAGUGUGCUUGCUGCGUGCGGAGAAUUUUAUGAAGCAAGGAAUCAUUGACUACAACAUCGACUGCUUCAAGUCCGCAAUCGGCGACGUAUUCAAGGCACCGAAGGCGAUCGAGUAG